CACUGCCAGUGUAGGCCUGGUCGUUCCUAGCUAUAGCCAAGGUGCAUUCGCAGUCACCCUCCUGUGAGAACUUGUGAAGACCGACUGGGGCUGCAAGCUUGAAGCGAUCGCGACACGACUUUCUGACCUGGGCCUACAUAUGACGUCUACUACAUUGGAAAUACCCUCUAUAUCACAGGAGGAGUCGGCGCAAGACCGCCUCCGUGCCAAGUGGAGGAAGUUCGCUUCCAAAUGCAAGACGACGUACAAGAGCAACGUAGGAUUGCUGCUCAUUGCAGCCUCUACGGCGUUUGGUUCAAUGAUGAGCACGCUUGUGAAGAAGCUGAACAGCGUCGAUCCACCAGUUCCAAUGCUCGAGCUCAUAUUCAUCCGCAUGUCAAUGACAUGGCUAUGUUGCAUAACAUACAUGUGGGUCACGAAAGUUCCCGACCCGCUCUUGGGACCCAAGGGAAUCCGUCUGCUCUUAGUGGCCAGAGGAGUCUGUGGGUUCACCGGACUUUCCGGAUCAUACUUCUCUCUCCAAUAUCUAACUGUCUCCGACGCGACGGUCUUGCAAUUCCUUGCUCCAAUGUGUACCGGCGUUGUUGGUGCCUUGGUGUUGAAGGAACACUUCACUCGCAGCCAAGCGCUUGCUAGCCUAUGUAGUUUGGUUGGGGUAGUCCUCAUCGCGCGGCCAACUUUUUUGUUUGGACGUGCGAGCAAUGCUGCCACCGCGCUGGACCCUCCUGUAGUGCUCGAUGGCAGGUCAGACUACAUCGAGGUCACUCCAGCUCAACGAUUGCAUGCGGUUGGCUUCGCUAUGUUCGGUGUCGUGGGUGCCACCGGCGCAUAUACGACGAUACGCGCAAUUGGCAAACAGGCUCAUGCGCUUCAUAGCGUAACCGCAUUUUCGAUGCAAUGCAUCGUCGUAUCGUCAGUUUCGAUGCUCGCCUCCCGUACUUCGCCCGUGCUGCCAAAUAAAUUAGAGUGGAUCGGCAUGCUGCUUGCUAUCGGGUGUUGCGGGUUCUCCGCUCAGAUGCUGAUGACGACAGGACUUCAAAGAGAGACAGCGGGUCGAGGCACGAUGGCGAUCUAUGUUCAGAUUAUUUUCGCGACAAUUAACGACAUCGUCUUCUUCCACUCCACGCCGAACUUCCUAUCCAUCAUCGGAACAGCCAUCAUCAUCUCGUCUGCUGUCUACGUUGCCGUAUCGAAGAAGGAUCCAGGUCUACACAAGAGACAACAGAGUCUCAUAGCGUCCCCCGCAGAUUACUCGCUGGAGGAAGGCCUUCUCGAGAAUCAGGAGGAUGGUGCGGAGCCUUCCGAGUCCAAAGUCAAAGUAUCUGCUUCCGUUAUUACGGUCAAGUCGCCAGAGCUGCCCAACGAAGGCGUCGGUAAUGGGCAGGCCAAGACGUUACCAUCAUAGACAUAGACACAACACUUAGAUGCCCAUAUUUCUUGUUGCCUCAGCGACGAUUGGGCUAUUAGUUGGCAGAUGGUUCCAGCCUUAGAUGGCGGUUUGCAUUCAAAAACCUCGCACAAUUGCCAUUUCAGAGUCGUCCGAAGUGCUCGAGAUUCCCAAUACCCAUGUGAGUGAGUGUGUUGGCUGGGGACGACACCACACCUGGAGGUUCCUUCCACGCUUUUAGUUUCCGCAUCGCUCUCGUCGCUCAUAUCCAUAUUGGCAUAGCGGUCACUCCGUG